ACCUAUGUAUUAAAAGAAAAUUAACUGAUAGCACCAAAACGUGUAACUAGCUAAGCGACAACUUCUGAACCGACAACAUCUACUACUGCUGCUGCUACUACUACUACUACUACUACUACUACUACUACUACUACUACUACUACUACUACUACUACUACUACUACUUUUGUUAGAACUAAUAUAAGUAGUUAUACUUCUUGCCUAAAUAAAAUAGAAACUCAGUAACUAUUCGACAGUACAAAAUGGGUUGUUCAAAGAUAAUAUUGACCAUUGUCAACAUAAUAUUAAUGUUGGUUGGUCUCAUUCCAUUGAUAAUUGGCAUUGUAGUAAUGGCCAAGCCGGACGCGGUCAAAUUUGUAUUGGAGAAGAUCUUAUCAGGUUCGCUAGGUUCAGUUGACAGUAGCCAUUUAGGUGAUCUUCUGACCACCAUAAAGACAGGUGCUUGGAUUCUUAUCAUCCUAGGAGCGGUCAUAACGAUCGUUGCAUUCUUCGGCUGUUGUGGAGCCUGCUGCGAAAAUAAAGUCUUCCUCAUUUUGUAUGUUGUAGUUCUAGUCGUCGUCAUUCUUGGUGAGAUCACCUUCCUCAUAUUAGCCGUGGUCUACCCAGCAAAGAUUGAUGAACCUGUUAAAGAGUACAUGCACAAGAGUUUGAAAAAGUUUGGCUCCGAUUAUCCAGUUGAUGAGGAGUUACGGGAGCCUUCAAAAUCUUUCACUCUAAUCUGGCAUAUCACACAAGUUUCGAUGAGAUGCUGCGCUGUGGAGAGCUACAUAGAGUACAAGAAUGUAACGUUUAUUAGUGAUAAAGGACAUGCAGUUCCUGUGACAUGUUGUAAGAAGAAGUCCAACAACCCACAAGAUGAGUCGGAUUAUUUGGAUAAAGAGAAGUGUUUUAAUGGAGAUACUGAGUAUAUCAAUGAUAGAUCAUGCUUUAAGGCUUUUCAGGAUGAGAUUAGCAAAUACAAGGGCUACAUCAUUGGCGGGAUUGUUGGUGUCAUUGUUGUUGAGAUCCUCCUGUUGGCAAUGGCCAUAUACAUUAUGAAGAGCUCUUCGGAUAAAUAUGCAUAGUCGAAAAUUUCAUAAUAAAAAUAACAACAUUAAUAAUUAUAAUUAUAUUUAUUAUUAUUAUUAUUGCUGUUGAAAUUAUUUAUUUUAUGCAAACUAUGAUUUCCUAGUAGAAGUAUAACUAAAUGUAUUAUGUGAUUGAAAGAUUUGACGAACGAAUGAAUGAAUAAAUGAUUGAAUGAAAGAAAGAAUGAAUACGAACAAACGAACGAAUGAAUAAAUAUCUACGUAUUUAUUUUAUUCCAUUGAUUUGGCUCGCUUAUUCCAUACGUGCUAUGAGAGUCAUUCUAACAUGAACAACAAUAAUAACAAACACAACAAAACUAAUAUUAAUAAUUAUUGUAUUUCGUUAUUUCUAAUUGAUUAUGGUGUAAAACAAUAAAAUAUUAUAUUUUUAUAUGUAU